GAUCUAUAAAUUAGUAAUCGAUUAAUCGUUGAGUGGGUGAUCAAACAGGUGCGGUGGGUUUGUUUCGUCGGAGGGGAUGUCCCGGCUGCUGGAGAGCAGGAGACAGGACAGGAUGAAGGAAAUAAACCUGAAGAAUAAGGAGAAGGAGCGACUGAAGGAGAGAGAGAAGGAGGCGAGAGAGAGAGAGGCCAGGUACAGCAACGGUCACCUGUUCACCUCCCUGACAGUGUCCUCCACCACCCUGUGCUCCUCCUGCAACCGGAGCAUCACGGCCAAGGAGGCCCUCAGCUGCCCAGCGUGCAAUGUCACCAUCCACAACCGCUGCAGAGACAGUCUGGCCAGCUGUGCCAAGAUGAAACAGAAGCAACAGAAGCUGGCGAUGGCCAGAAACAGUUCAGCUCUGCAGAACGUCGCCCUGCGAACCAAGACUCCGAUGAUGAAGGAGCGUCCGAGCUCGGCCAUCUAUCCCUCCGACAGUCUUCGCCAGUCCUUCCUCGGGUCCAGACGGGUUCGCUCCGGACUCUCGCUCGCUAAGAGUGUCUCCACCAAUAACAUCGCAGGCGGGACCGAGGACUCUGCAGGUCUCAGGAGGAUUCUGUCUCAGUCCACGGAGUCUUUAAACUUCAGGAGCAGGACCUUGUCCAUGGAGUCUCUGACUGAUGAAGGUGAGUGGAGCGCUCUGCUGGAGAAGCUGCAGGUGGAGGGCAGCUGUGUUCAGGCCGACAGCUGGAGCAUGGCCGUGGAACCGAGCUUCCUGCAGACGCUGCACAAAGACCUCAUCAAACAGCAGGACGUCAUCUAUGAGCUGAUCCAGACAGAGUUCCACCACCUGCGGACGUUACGGAUCAUGGAGGGGGUGUACCGGCGGGGGAUGCUGGAGGAGGUGAUGCUGGAGGCGGGUGUAGUUCACACCAUCUUCCCCUGUCUGGACCAGCUGCUGGAGCUCCACUCCAACUUCCUGUCAGAGCUGCUGGACAGGAGGAAGGAAGGACUGAUGGACGGCAGCUCCAACAACUUCAUCGUCCGCAGCAUCGGAGACCUGCUGCUCAGACAGUUUUCAGGUCAGUGUGCUGACGACAUGAGGAAACUUUACUCAGAGUUCUGCAGUCGACACCCGAAAGCUGUGAAACUCUACAAAGAGGUUUUAACUCGAGACCGGAGACUGCAGCAGUUCAUCAGGCGCGUCUGUCGUGGUCCUCUUCUGCGUCGUCAUGGCGUCCAGGAGUGUAUCCUGCUGGUCACGCAACGCAUCACAAAGUACCCCGUCCUCAUCCAACGAAUCCUCGACAACACCAAAGGAAACGAAGAGGAGGCGCAGGGUCUGAGCCGGGCGCUGCAGCUCCUGAAAGAGUUGAUCAGCUCGGUUGACCAGGAGGUGCUGGAGUUAGACCGUACCAGGAGGCUGCAGGAAAUCCAGGCCCGCCUGGACCCCCGGGCCCAGGCGGAGGUCCAGGGAGGGGGAGCGUUCAGAGGAGGAGAGCUGCUGAGGAGGAGGCUCCUCCACGAGGGGACCCUCCUCUGGAAGGUCCAGGGCUCCAGGAUGAAAGAUGUGCAGGUGCUGCUUAUGUCAGACAUCCUGGUUUUCCUUCAGGACAAAGAUCAGAAGUUCACCUUUGCGUCGCUGGACAAGUCUCCAGUGGUCUCUCUGACUAACCUGAUCGUCAGAGACAUUGCCAACCAGGAGAGAGGGAUGUACCUGAUCAGUGCCUCCACCCCCCCGGAGAUGUACGAGCUGCACGCUUCAUCUAAAGACGACCGUCAGACCUGGAAGACGAGGAUCCAGCAGGCUGCUCUCAGCUGUCCCUCCAGAGACGAGUUUCCUCUCAUCGAGACCGAGGACAAAGCUUUACAGCGAAGACUCAGAGCUGAUAUCCAGCAGAAAGACAGGGAGGUGCUGGAGCUCCUGCAGGAGCGCGUGACUCUGUUUUCUGACCUGGUGGAGACGACAGGAAGAGGAGCAGAAGAAGACGGAGGUGUGGAGGCGAGCACCUCCUCCUUCAGGACCUGCUCCGGCUCCUCGUCCUGCAGGAACCUGUUCAGGGCCGACACGCCUCACGCUCCUCAGGCCGAGCCGCUUCUCACCGCCGCCAUCAGCGAAGUGGACAGACUGACAGACCUGCUGCUGGACUCCAGCAUCCAGAGAUCCACCGUAACCAAUGGCAACCAGGACCUGAGCAAUGGUGACUCUGGUUCUCUGAACGGUUCCUUUGAGGUGAAUGGCAGCUCCUCAAAGGACAGCAACGGUAACCAGCUGCAGGACCAAACCUUAAACGAGGAAGUCCGUCAGCGAUUGGUCAGUCUGAGCGUCCAGCUUCACGCCCUGCAGGCUGCUGUGAUUCGUCAGGACUCGAUCCUGGAGCUGUCAGUAAGUACAGGUCCCUCCCCUUCCGCUACCCAAGGUUCUGCCCCCGCGCCCCGCCUCAGUCGCUCAGUAUCACGAGACACGGGGCUCGAUGCCGGCGGGGAGGCGGUGCUGCUGCGGCGGCAGGUGGAGCUCCUGCAGGAGGAGGUGACACGGCUGCGUCUGAGAGGGGAGGGGCCUGACAGGGAGGGGGCAGAGCCAGGUGGCAGGAGGAGGGGCAAUGGAGAGAUCAGUGAUGUCAUCAAGGAGGAACAGGUGAGCAAGAGGCGUGGCAGCAGGGAACUGGAGCCCCGCCCCCUCGUCCCAUUGGCCAGUCAGGAUCCAGUCGACCAAUUAGAUGGCUUCCAGGAAGAAAACGAGGAGGAAGUGAUGAAGAUCUCUCCUCGGUCUGACAGCCCCAGAGACCUACAGGACAUUCCCGAGGAGAGCGAGUGUGGAGCUGAUCCCAGUUAACGUCGUCACACCUCCACCUGAGAACCUCAGGGACUCUGCUGAUGUCACUGGGUGAUCAGUCACUGUCAGCUGGAGAUGAUGCAAUUUCCUGUUGUACAGACGCUUUUGAUCUCAGCUCUCUUAAUGUUGCUGUUAGAUUGGAAACAGGAAGUAUACCCAUGUGACCUGUUUACAUCAUUGUAUUAGCUGGAGCCCCACCCAUGUGGUUUUGUGGGUGUGGCUUGGUGGUUUUAUAGGGCCUGUUGUUGUUGGGGGGGGGCGGGGCAGUUUCUACAGUGAAUCUGUCUCAGUUUGCUUCAGACAAACUGUUCACACAUCGUCAGGGUUAAAUCCUGCUGCUGAGUCUGAGUCUCUGAGUCUGAGUCUUUGAGUCUGAGUGUCUGAGUGUCUGAGUCUGAGUCUGAGUCUCUGAGUGAGUCUCUGAGUCUGAGUCUUUGAGUCUGAGUGUCUGAGUCUCUG